AUGUCCUGCCUUCGCGACCCAGCGGAAUAUGUAUCGAAAGCAAAACAUAGAUGGGCCGGUCACAUCAUGAGAAGAAUCGACGAUAGAUGGACUAAAAGAACUCUAGAGUGGAUCCCAAGAGAUGGUAAAUGCCCUCGAGAGAGGCCGCCAACGAGAUGGGGCGACGUGUUCGCUACACGGAUGGACCAGGUGAGAGCUCAGCUGGGUACGGCUCAAGAACCUCGUCAAAGUCACUCACGAAACUUGAGAACAUCUUGGAUGACAAUGGGGGGAACGAAACGAGUGGAAGAGAUGCUGGAACCCGCACGUCCAGUGAAGACGGGCCAUCUAAGUAAGUAA